AUGGCACGCGAGCCAGAUGACAUGGAGCCAGGGAACGAAGCUCGCUUUGAAAGUGUCUCAGUGUCCGGAGAAACGACAGCCUCGUCCCUGCCCGCAGAAAUCCGUCUUGAAUUGAGUCAAUCCGAAGCCAGAAACGUCGCGUCAUUCUCUGAAUCGUCUUCUAUGACGUCCUAUGCUUCCUCGAGUAUGGAUGGCUCGAGGCCCAGGGUGCCAUCACCGCCUGAAGGCGCCGUGCUUGGUGGGGACCCUUUCGAAUGCCCUUACUGCUUUCAAAUAGUUGCGGAGCCUGAUAGAUACCAUUGGAAAGCUUUGCCUUUGACGGCUCAAUACUCAGACUCCUCGGACUCCUCGGACUCGAACGAUGAUGGCAAGCCUGACAUGCCAGAUGAUGCUAGCUUGCGCGACGAUCUGAUUGAAGCGGAGGAGAUUCCGUAUAUUGAGUGGUUCAUCAGACAAGGCGACAGGCCUUUUUAUAGUCCGCCCUCUGACCAGUUUGGACUUUCCACCUUGAAGAAAGUCUUUACAAGACAGCCUGACUAUGAUGCUACCUUGCGCGACGCUUUGAUUGAAGCGGAGCGGGAAAUGCGGCGGAAAGGGGCGCGGAAGGUAAUAUUAUACUUUGAAAACGAAGAGUCUGCUGUGAGGACGCCCUCUGAUCGGUCUGGACUUUCCACCUUGAAGAAAGUCUUUACAAGAAAACCAAAAGACCCUGCCAGGGAACAAUUACGUCGUGAUUUGAUAGCUGGAAACCUUCCGACGCCGAUGAGGCCGACGCCGGUCGGUGUAGGGUUACCAAGGUCAGCUACUUUCAAAAGGCAAGAGAGCAAUGUUGAGGACUCUAUUGAGCCGCUCCGUGCAGGGUUACCAAGGAAAGGUUCUUUUACAAGGCAAGAGAGAAAUGAUGAGGACUCAGGAGGAGCUCGUGCCAAAAGGCGCAUGAGUAUGUGA